ACGUGCGAUAUGUGCUGUUCACGAAUAUUAGUAUCCUGACGUUCGAACGUACGGAUCAGUCCGUUAGCAACCGCUGAAGAGUGACUAACAGAAAUUUUUCGUGCUCUUGCGGAAGGAAAAUAAUUUCGAAGUGGACAACUUGAUUUAUUGAAGUUAACAUGUUGACCUCAUUGUUCUUCUGGACUUUUUCGAUUCUAUGGAUUCAGAAUACAAUGGCAAGCGUCCUUGUUGCCGAUACAACGAUGUCCAAAAUGGUAGAAUUAAAUGCCGGCGAACCAAUAUGUUCUAUUUACAAUGAUCGUGGUAUCAUUCAGAAAAUGAUAUUUGGUGCAGAUCCGAAAAAAGUUCGACAUAUGCCAAGCAAUCUCGUUGCCGAUCUCGAAGAGACUUGUUUGACUUUUAAGAAUCAAACGCCAGCAGUUGGAUUGGUAUAUCCUGGAACGAAAUGGUGCGGACCAGGAAACCAUGCAACAUCUUACGAUGAUUUAGGUCAUCAUACGGCAGAAGAUGCAUGUUGCAGGGAACACGAUCAUUGUCCAAUAACGUUAAAACCGCAAAAAUGUAUCCAUAGUAUAUGUAACUAUUCACCUAUCAUACGUAUGCAUUGUGACUGUGACGCAAAGUUUCGAAGAUGUUUACAAAAUCUUAAUACUGAGGUUGCCAACACUAUCGGUGCACUUUACUUCAAUAUUAUACAAGUAAUUUGUUUGAAGGAAAGACGACCGUGCUCAGAAUGGCAAAGAUCCUACGAGAAAUGUAUUCCGUAUUGGAAAGAACUGGCGAGUUACGAGCCGUUAAAUUUUGACAAGCAUAAGGAAAUUGGAAAAAGUGAUAAGUUUUUAUACCAGACACCACUUUCAAAGCUCAUCAGGGAUUUUCUUGCUGGGUUACAAGAUAUCCAGAAGAAUUUCUUGAAUUAUUUUCAAGAUCAUUGAAGAGUGACAUUUAAUAGAAAAAUGGUUAUGCCGAAGCGGUGUCAAAUAGAUUAUGCUCGGAGUACAAAUUUCGGCCAAGUGAUAAAUACGUGCCAUUGAUGCCACUGAAUAUGAAUAUAUGAAUACAGCGAAAGAACAAUUCGAGUGAUGGUGGUGGUGGUGAUGGUGGUGGUUAAAGAAAGAAAGAAA